UCAGCGCCAUACGGCAAUGGCGAACGGUGUUAAUAGUUUUUAUCAUUAUCGAGAUCUCGAUUAUUCGAAAUAUUUUAACGCCCGGGGUGAUGGUGAUAUUCGUGCAAAGCGACACGAGUGUUUACAAGUAUCGACGAUUAUUCACGUGUGUAUAACAAGUUAAAAAAAACAAUAUUCUAACCUAAAUAAUAAAUAAGAAAAAAUAAUAGCGUGAGAAGGACAUAAAGGAAUCGUUUCGAUCGGCUUCCCGGAUGAUCUACCAGUGAGAUCCAACAUGGCGUCAACCGAUCUGUCGUUCGGUUCGAUACCACCAUUCUACAGAGAAGUUUACGAGAAGAUUUGUUCACCAACAUGUGGAAACGUCGAACGUGAAGUUUUUAAAUCUCUUCUCGUGAAGUCUCAACUGAGCAGCUCAAUUCUCAGUCAGAUAUGGGAACUCGUGGACAGUAAGACGGGUUAUCUGACAAGAAGUGGAUUGUACAAGGGUCUUGCUCUCGUAGCAUUUGCUCAACAAGGAAAACAACCUAGCGACAAACUUCUGGAAAACUCGGAAUCUCAAGAAUUACCCGUUCCUGUUCUUGGUGAUUUAACGGAGGUCACGUUGUUGGCACAAAGACUGCACCGAGGUAAUAAUCCAGCUAAACUGAAUCUCACAUAUACGGACAUAUGCAAUUUAGAUUCGAUAGAGGUCAACUUGGUACCAGAGAAGAAAGGUAUCUUCUUAAAACACGUGGAAUAUCAAGUUACGAGCAAGAGAUUUAAUUCGGUAGUUUGUAGAAGAUACAAUGAUUUUGUAUCGUUACACGAACUUCUUCUAGCAAGGUUCCCAUACAGAUUGAUACCGAAAUUACCACCAAAAAAAAUGGUUGGAGCAAAUUCACAGUUUUUGGAAGAACGAAGAAGAUCCCUUCUAAGGUUUCUGACAUUAAUCGCACGUCAUCCGGUUGUCAACAAAGAUCCCAUCUUACAUUUCUUUUUAACUUAUGCCGGUGAGGAAACCCAGCACAAAAUACGUGAAGUUUUUCGACGAGUAUUGGAUGAAUUUGCAACAUCCGAAUUAUCAUCGAGGGCUAAAGAAUUAGUACCACCCGAAACUCUUACCGAAUUUGCUAACAGUAGAGAUCAGAUAAGAGUAAUACUAUUAGGUAUAACACGUUUGAAAAAUAUAGCUGAUUGUUUAGCUAUUAGAACUCAUACUUACUCGGUAGACAUGGAAGAAUUAGGAACCCAAUUGAACACUUUGGCUUGUGAACCACAUGGUACUAGUUCUUGGGUUACCGGUGGUUCCACGUUAUGGGAGGAUUUAAAAAAAGGUUUUCAUGUUAUUUCAAAAGAAUUUAAUAUUUUAUCGAGUAAAGCAUUGCAACAAGCAGUCAGAGAAGAGACAAUCAUAUGCGAGAGACUGAACUUUUUAUUGGAUAUUCUCGUAGCACAUAGAGUAUUAUGCGAAAGACAUGAACGUGGUGUUAGUGCUGAUCAUCAACGUGCAUUGUCAUCUAUGUUGUCAUUAAAAAAACGACAAUUUACUGGAGCCAUUCGUGGGACUAAUGCGGAUACAGUCGAAUAUUUGGAAAAUAAAAUGAUAGCCCAGGAAUCGGUCAUUGCUAACGUCGAAUUGAGAAAUUGUUUUUCCUUGCAUUGUUUGCACAUGGAAACGCAAUUGGUGCACGCACACCUGGAACUACUUGCAUCAGUUUUACAGAGUCUCGUUAGCGUGCAAAUUAGAGGACACACAGAGCUUACCGAAGUAUGGAAGUCAAUUGAUUCUACGAUCGCAAAAUGCUUCCCGGGAAAAUCAGCUCACGGAGUUUUAUAGCGAAAAAAAAAAAACGAAUUUUUAUUAACAAAAGAAAUCUCUCAUCUUUUAGUGAUAUCAUUUGUACAAACCAUAAUAAGUAACGAACAUGACUGAUACAAACUCGAAAAAAAAAAAA